CGAUCCCCCGCCAUUCCCUUCCCCCCACAUCGACGAGAACCCUAGCCCCCGAGCUCCUCCGCCCCCCAUCCGCAGCUUCCCUUCCUCCGCCUCCUCCCCCGCCAGCGGACUCGUCGCGAUCAUCUCUCCUCCCAGAGGCGACGGCGCGCGCGCGGAGAGGACAAGAUUUCAGGGGGUAGUCCCAGCACUCUUGGGUGCAGUUGUAGCUGCAAAAGGUUGAAGCAAGCCAGUAGAGAUGACAUCAGAAGGGAAUAAAGCUGCUGCGCCUAAUGAACCGCUGCCCAUUGAGCCACCCGCAAGCUCUGGCACAAAGCGUAAGCGUGGUCGCCCAAGGAAGUACGAGUAUUCUACAUAUGAACAACCUCACAUGGCACAGCCCGUUCAGAGCAUUCCACCUCUUCGCAGCGCAUUGUAUAACCCAAAUAUCCGACAUGAUGGGGUGCACAUUAACCACCCGUUAGGUGGUACUCUUGACACUAAAAUGCAUACAGUUCAUGUGCUGCCUGCACAGCAGACUCAGGGUUAUAGGCCCAGCCGACCUGUAGAUUCUGGUACUACAGUCAAAUUUCGUGAAAAUCAAGCCUCCAACAGUAGCAGUGCUCAUGUGCGAGGCAAUGUAGGCAAGGAUGUUAUCGUUGGCAAGCAUUUUGUUGGAAAGAUGACCAAGCAAUGUCCUGGGUUUUCUCUUAUCACGGUGAGAGUGAAGGACAAUCAGGUGCUCAGAGGUUGGAUCCCAGAUGAAACUAACCUACGCCCAAUAACACCGAAGGAUGAUCUUGCCCCUGACCUCCCCAUGCUCCAGCCAAGUCAACUUCAGAAGAAAGCAUCUGCAAUCCACAGACAAGCUGCUCCUCCCUUACCAGUCCACUUGGAGAAUGUUACAAUUGCAAAGCCUCUUCAGAUGAGGAGGCCUGUGGAGACAUCUACUCUUAAGUUCAUCAUCCCUCCUCCCGCUCCAAGACCUUACGUUGGCUCUGGGGUUGUUGCAGCAGCACCUGUUUCGAUUAUAUCUGGGAAUGUAUCAAGGCCUUUGCCUAAGCAAGACACUGGAUCUUUGAGCCAAGAACCAUCAGCUACUGUGGUGCCAGUUAAAUCCGCUCAACCUGUAUUAGUAUCAUGCAGACACGUGGAUCAAGAUGUGCAUGUUGAAGGAAAAUCUGUCCCUGAGUUUAACAGUGAUUCUGAAUCUUCAAGUGGAAGCAAGGACUCAUCAGGCCAAUCUCCGCGUGGUUCUCCAGCUGCCAUGGGUGAGACUGAUAUAACAUCAGGCUACAAAGAACACUCAAAUGCUGCUAAUAGCAACCAACAUAUUUGUAAGGAACCAUCAGAUAACCCAGAACAGUCUGAGCAACCAAAGACAGAGCCUAACAUCCUGAAAGGAGUUGAUGACCCAAUGACAGGAGCCUCAGGUAAACCAAGACUCAUCCUAUCUGAUUAGUCUUUCUAAUCAUACCUUGGAUGACUUUUGAAUCCUCAUUUUAUGAAGAAAAAAAUAUGAUGAGUGAAAUUUGUGUAGAUCAGCUCAAAGUGGGAUAUGAAUGAUUGGACUUGUUUGCCUGUAUAUGAGAUGAAAAAUAUAAUACAAAAUAAGAAGCUUCAUUUUUUUAAAAACGUCUUGAUCAUUUUUACCUCUGUACUCCCGUGAAUAAUGCAAUGUCAAUGCCACAGUUACUACAGUGAUAUGCACAUGCCAAAAUAUUUUGUUGUCUGCCAUGUCAAGGUGUCCAUAAUUUUUUUCUUUCUUAGGA